CUGGGAUUGGGUGUGAGUGGUGCUGGGCGAACGGCCAGGCUGACGCCACGAGUGACCCAGCUUCCCUUCCCUCCGGGAGGACGCCAUCUCGACCUCCUCCGCGCUGCCCCUCAUUCCUCGAGCCCUCGUCCGGCGCCGCCGCCGUGCGCAGCCACUGCGGCUCGAGAUGCGGGAUGUUCGUGGACCCCCACUUCCCGCCCGACGAUUCGUCGCUCGGCGCGGGGCUCGCCCAGGAGGGCCAGGGUCGUGCCGAAUGGAGGCGGCCCGAGGAGGCCCUGGGGGCCCCCGCCCUCUUCACCGGCGGGUGCGGGCCACGGGGCUGGCCCGCGGCCCCGGGCAACGUGGUCCAGGGCGGCCUGGACGACUGCUGGCUGAUAUCCGCCAUCUCCCUGCUGGCCCAGCGGGGCGGCCUGCUGCGCGCGCUGUUCCCAGGUGGGGCUCCGUCGGGCGGAGCGUGCCGCGUGCGCCUGUUCAUGGACGGGAGCUGGGAGGAGCUCGUGAUCGACACGCUGCUGCCGUGCGUCCAUGGCGAGCUGUUGUUCGCCCGCCCGGGGGAUGGGUCGGAGACUUACGCGUGCUUCUUGGAGAAGGCGUUCGCGAAAGCCUACGGGGGCUACCAAGCGCUCAGCGGAGGCAGCGUCGGGGAGGCGCUGCUGACCCUCACAGGGGCGCCAGUCGAUGACAUGAACUUGUCGCGGCUGCGGCCAGAGCAGCUGCGAGGGGAGUUGUGGAGCUUGCUGCGGAGGCACUUUCGGGCGGGGGACCUCGUUGCCUGCGGCCUCGUGUCCACUUGCAACGAGCGCACUGCGCGGCAUCGCCGUCGGGGAGGGCUCUCACCGAAUCACGCCUACUCUGUGGUGGACGUUGCCGAGGUCGAGAUCGCAGCUGACCAGGCGCCUGCACAGCUCGUGCGGGUGCUGAACACGUGGGGUCGCUUCGAGUGGACUGGCUCUUGGAGCUCGGGCUCGGACGAGUGGGCACGCCUGCUGCCUGAGGAGCUCCGCCACAGCGAGGGCGGCGCUGGCGCCUUCUGGAUGGAGCUGGCAGAUUUCGCGCGGCAUUUCAACCGGCUGCACAUUUGCAGGGUGGGGGUCCCUCAGCGGGGGCCCCGGUCGCAGAAGCGCUUCGAGGUCGAGACGUCUCCGCCGUCAUGCGGGGGCUGCAGUAACUUCGGAUCAUUCUUCCGGAACCCGAUGUUUCGAGUGUUGCCCGCACGCGCGGUGGAGGUGUCGGUCACCGUGAUCCAGCCAGACGCGAGGCGUGAGCUGCGCGAAGCUGGCGCCCGGCUGACGUACCCGCAGGUGGGCGUCACGUUAUUGGCCCAGCAUUUCGAAUCGCGGGUCGCCACGGACCAGGAGUGCUGCACCCCAGACCGCUGGCGGGUGCUGCAGAAGACGGCCUUCUGGAACAAGCGAGACGUCUCCAUGGUGUUCCAGGCAGACCCCAUGCCAGGCGGGCAGGAGUACCGCGUGGUGCCCUCGCGCUACUACCCAGGCGAUCCUGGCAUGGGGCGUUUCGUGGUCGUCGUCUCCUGGUGGGGCCCAGACAGUGCAGUGCUCGUCGAGCCCAUCACCACCGCCGCACGCAGCACCGCCACGCUGCGCGGCACCUUCGAGGCGGAGCAGGGCGCGGGGGAUGACCUGAGCGUGGGCGCCGCCUACAGGGUCACUGCCCGGGAGGCGGUGGCCGCGGUGCCGGUGUCGGUGUUGCUCACGCGGUCGCCCGAGCGGCUGCAGGAGUGGCCGCGGCAGGACCCGCUCCACGACGCGCUCGGACGGCUCUUCCACCGCUUCGACGCCAACCGCUCGGGCUGCCUGGAGGCCGACGAGAUGGCCGCCCUGCUGGACGCGGUCGCCGGGGACGGUGCUGGCCUGGGCCGAGACUCUUCACAGGCGCUGUUUCGGCAGUUCGACCGCGCCCACCGCGGGGGAGUUGCGCUCGCGCAACUGAUCGCGCAGUCCAGCGCGCUGGUGCCGCUGGCGGGGUCGGGCAGGCUGGACCUCUUGCGGCGCGUCGAGCAGCUCGCUGGGCCGCGUGCUGCCGAGCGGCUAGGAGACGAGACGCCGCGGGGCGACCAGGGCCUGAGUGUCGCCGUGACGAUUUCGCCUUGCUGUGCAGCGGAGUGCCUUCGCGCCAGGCCUGUGUCAGGUAGCUGCUGCGAGGGCGAGGCCUUGCGCUGGCGGGACGCGGACGUCUGGUCCGCCAGCUUCCUCGUGCAGUCCCGCGAGUUCCUCGUCCGCCCCUUCGCAAAGGGGCGCGGCGGUUGCAGCUACGAGCUGUCGGUGCUGAGUUCCCUCGAGGGCGUGGGCGUGCAGCCAGUUGCGUGAAAAUUUGCAUCAUCGCGAUGCCCUCCUCUUUCGUGCUGCCCCCCUGCGGAGUCACUGCCGCGUCCUGUGCUGUUGGCCACCCGGCCGACUGGGCAGGAGUCGAGCUGCGCAGCGACCACGGCACGUUCCUCAGCUGACGAGGCAGGUUCCCGCUGCAUCCAUCGAAGCAGGAACAACGACAUAAACAUACAUUUUCGGCGCUCCGCACGGAGCGCCGAAAGUUUCUGUCCAUGCCGUUUUUGUUCUUCUGAUCCACGAGUCCAAUCCACUGCGAUGCUCAUUUUACCCGCUCUCCGUGUCAAGCUCUCAGAGGUCCGCGCAGGCUGCUUGGGUCGGCGGUCCUCCCCGUGUGCCAGCGGCGCGCUUCCAGCGCCGCCCCAUCGCGCGCUCCGCGCGCCCGCAGGGAUGGGUGAUCCAGCGCCGCCAGCCCCAGAAAUCCUGAGAAAUCCGCGCCGCCGUCCGAAAGAUUCUGCUAAUGCAAUUUAUGUUCCUCCCUCUCUCUCU